GGAUGGUGCAGCCGGGAGAAGAGCAGCUUGAUAAAAUUGGACAACCAGCGGGACUCUGGUGGGCGUGGAUCCGGAGCUGAGGUCUUCCUGCUCGGCUGAACACGUGGUUCCGUGUCCGCCUUCAGUUCCUGUCGGUGUGUGGAGGGUUCCAGUCCUGCCGUCAACUCUUUUUUUUUUAAAUUGCUUCUUAACAGCUAGAGGAGACCUUCUGCUGCUUUUUUUUUUUUUUUCGUAGCAACACCGUCUCAUCCUCUUCCUCCCCGUCUUGCUACACUUGCCUCCCCCACCCCUGCACUCCUCUUCCUCCUCUCCUUGCGGCGCCUCCCGGGACUCUUCCUCCGCCAGGCCGCGGUCACUUCAGCGUGGAUUCGUUCCGACACGGAGAGACUGUGUGUGUGUGUGCAUGUGUGUGUGUGUGUGGAAGAACCUGAACGUGAUAAGAGCGUGUAUACCCCCCUAGCCCCUCCUUCACCACCUCCUCCUCCUCCUCCUCCACUAUCAUCCUCCUUCAUUUGUUCGGUCAUGACGCUGGAAGCGAUCCGCUACCGGUCCGGGUCUCUGCAGAUCCUCAACCAGCUGCUGCUGCCACACCAGACCGUCUAUGAAGACAUCCGCUCCGUGCAGGGCGCCUACGAGGCCAUCAAGUCCAUGAAGGUGCGCGGAGCUCCAGCCAUCGCCAUCGUGGGCUGCCUCAGCCUGGCCGUGGAGCUGCGGGCGGGCGCCGGGGGCGACGACCCCGUAACCUUCAUCAGGGAGUCUCUGUGUCACCUCACUUCAGCCAGGCCCACCGCCGUCAACAUGGGCCGAGCCGCCCGCGAGCUGAUGGAGUUCGCCGAGAACGAGAGCAUGGAGAAGAACUCGGAGCAGCUCAGGGAAAGUGUCAUUUCAUGGAUCGAAGACAUGUUGGAGCGUGACGUCAACGACAACAGGAAGAUCGGUAACUAUGGAGCCCAGCACAUCCUGUCUGGCGUCCCGAGGGACUCUGUCACCGUCCUCACGCACUGCAACACCGGGUCGCUGGCCACGGCCGGAUACGGGACGGCGCUCGGCGUGGUGAGGAGCCUCCACGGUCUGGGCCGGCUGAAGCGCGUGUACUGCACCGAGACGAGGCCGUACAACCAGGGCUCCAGGCUGACGGCAUACGAGGCGGUCGCAGAGGGCAUCCCUGCCACGCUCAUCACGGACAGCAUGGCGGCCCUCACCAUGAGGGAAAUGGACAUCACAGCUGUGGUGGUGGGUGCUGACCGAGUCGUCGCUAACGGCGACACAGCCAACAAGGUGGGCACGUACCAACUGGCCAUCGCCGCAAAGCACCAUGGGAUCCCUUUCUACGUGGCCGCACCCAGCACGUCGUGCGACCUGAGCCUCGAGAGCGGGCGGGACAUCAUCAUCGAAGUGCGGCCCCCUGAGGAGCUCACCAGUAUAAACGGAGUCCCCAUCGCGGCGCCUGGUAUCGAGGUGUGGAACCCGGCGUUUGACGUGACGCCUCACCAGCUCAUCACAGGAGGCAUCAUCACCGAGCUGGGGGUCUUCCUCCCAUCCGAGCUCCAGGCAGCGCUCACUGGCCGCCUCACCGCUCUCUAAAGCGACCUCCCAGCGCCCCCUGCUGGCUCCGGUGCACCACUGCACAUUCACGUCACGCUCUUCUAGAAAACACUCUUGUCUUCACGGAGGGUGCACAAUUUGUGGUUUUACUUUGGUUUUAAUCGAUGCACAGUCACUGUAACGUGUCAGUGGUGCACUGUCUGAAAAUAUUUAGUCUCUUUGCCAACCGCAAACAAAAACGGAAACAAAAAAAAAAAAGGCGGGAUUUUUUUCACUGCAGGGAGUUGAGAAGACGUGUGCAGUCUUCUUACUUUCGAAUCCUUUUUCUGUCAUCUUCACGUCUCAUUUAUUCCACAAUUCAUUUUCUGUUUUGUUUUUUUCUUUUCUUCCUUUUUAAGAUUUUUUGAAACUUCUGCUUCUGCAGCCAACAGAGCUCAGCUGGACUAAUUCAAUUUGGCAAAAUAAGCUUCUAGAGUCAUAGCUGAGGCAAAUGAAAGAAGUAAAAUAAAACAAGGAGGACAUGACUUUUCUCAUAACAUAUCAGUCGUGAUUUCCAGAAUGCUGCUACCUACUUGUAAAUAUCUAUUCCCUGCCGGUAGUGUAAAUAUGUAGAAAACUAACCUCUGCUAGUAAGAAAAAAAAGGUACUGCUAUUUUAACCAAAAAUAUGGUUACUUAAAAUCAAAUUUGCCACUUAAAAUGUUAUAUUAACAUUUAAUUUCAGUUAUUCAGUGUAGAAUUUUUUCACUAUAACUAAUUGAAAUUAAAGAUCGUAGAUGUUUAUACACAGCCUUUCUUGGUAAAAUCAUUUUUCUUUCUUUCUUUUUUUUUAACCAGUGCGUUUAAAUAUUUGAACCAAUUGGCUGAAGCUUUUUUCAGGACAUGGCAUGUAUUUAUACCUCACUUCAUGUCUUCAUCUCACCGACUGCACUGUAUUAUAUCACACAUGUAUACUUGCAUAAUACCUAUAAACACACACACCUGUCCUGACGGACGGCUCUACUCUAGAGAAAAACACUCUGAGACUUGGGCUUUUUUUAUAUAAUCCUAACUUUUUAAAGGAAUAGUUCACUCUAAAAUGGAGGUUUUGGUUCACCACCACCUCACCUGCGACUUCUCGUCAAAUAUUAUUCGUUUAUUACUCGUGAAUUAUGUGCAGUCAGUUUUUUUUACUUGGUAGCAAAAAGAGAGAAAACAGCCACCUGUGGCUUUAAUUUUAAUCUUGUUCACUGGUUUCUGUCUUUCAGCAUAGUUUUGUACUUUAAUGCCAUUUCUCUGUUACUCUUUGUCAUUAAAGACUUUUUUUAAUGCAACGUUCUAGUAUUAGUAAAGAUGGACAGAUUAGUCAUUUUCUUCAGUUCAUUAAGGUCUGACCUGCCAAUUCCAGUUCUUACUGGUUCUUUUUUAAAAUUAUUUUCUAAAGACUAUAAAAAUAGAAAAACCUAUGAAAAGUUUGCAUUUUCAGAUAGCGUAGAUUUUAAUCCAAUUAAAAUUGAAGCAAUUACCAGCAUUUAUUCGCCAAAGCUGAUAUUCCCUAACCUUUUGUCUGAUUUAAGUCUAAAAAAAGAACUUCUGUGAAUGGAUGUUCUUUUUGUUUGCAUCUAUAAACCGAAAAUGGUGAGAGAUUCUAAUAAACGGAUGCCUAAUGGGCAGAUCCACAGGAAAUCUGGGGUUUAGGUGCCCAGUCCAUACACGCAUCGACUGGAAUCAAACCCACAACUGUCUGAAUGCAAGUCGACUGAAAAUAACAUUUUGAGUCACCAAACAAGUUGUAAUGGAUCAUUUGAAAUAAAAACACACUCUGGAGCUAACAUGUAGCAAUUUCCUCUACAGCUGAUGGGUUAAGUAAAUACAAAAAAAAUAUACUUUGUUCGAUUUAAUGAAGUGUUGAAACAAGUUGGGGGUUUUUUUUCCGGGUGUUUGAGCCGUCGAGCAGAGAAAAAUAGUCCGAUUGUGGCAAAUUAAUUAGUGCAUCAAUAAGCUAAUGUUGCAUUUACAAAUUACUAACAAACAUGAUCAAUCGAGAUUAAAUUUGAAUGCAGUUUAAUGGAAAAUACAUGUUACCUUCUGUUCCUUUAAUACAGGAGUCUGAUCUCUGCUUUAAUACAUUUUCACUAAUUUGGCCAAACAGACUGUAGAGCCGAUGGAGGACAAAAAACAGGUGUGAGUGGUAGACGCCUCUGUCUUUAUGUGGAUCUGAACUUUCCUUAAAACUUUUCCUUAUUUUUGUUUUGUUUUUCUUUUGCAAUGUUUGUAAAAAAACAAAACAAAACAUUGCAACCAACACAGAAACACCAUCUGCAGUCUGAAUGUAAAGCCUCUCUCUCUCUUUCCGCCAGACACGUUUCAGUAGGCGGGCUUCAGACUCUGUCACUUCUUGCCUUUCUUGUUCACUUCAGAAUGUGCUUCAGCUGUUUGGAUUCAACCCUCCGCUUAAAUUUAACUGAUGUUUUAUUUUGAAGUCAUGUAUAGUUCUAAACCUGAUGGUGCGAAGCAUUAAGAAGAUGAUCUUCUCCAUAGUUAUUGUACGAUAUGUUUAGACUUGGCAUAUUUUCGACAACUUAAGAUCAGGUAGCACUGAUAUCAUAUAGAAAAGUUAGAGAGAUGUGGUAAAGAUAUAUUUCCAAAUUUUCUAAUUUUAUAUUUGGCAAUACAGUGAGUGCAUAAUAUUUGCUGACAUUAGUCAAUUUUGAGCUAAUUUACUGUGUUUACCUUAUCAUGACACCUAAAGAUCUCUGAACCCAACAACUUACCUGAUGUGCAUACGUGAAUAUUUUUAACGGUUAUUCAGAAGUAGUUGCAAGUUUUCCCCACUUCAAGAGUGAUUCGGGUGCUGAGAAAUCCUUUGACGCGUUCAGCUAGUGCUGCAGUUCCUACCUCCCCCAUAAAGCUGCUUGGUGUCGACAAAGAGGUCAAGAGUUUCAGAUGACUUGUGCUCAAAGGUCAUAAAAAUCCAACAAAGUGGGGAAAGUCUUGGGAAAAUUAGGAAAUUCGGGGUCGGCUUCAAUUUCAAAUUCAGUAUCGUCUCCACGCAUAUAAAACACUGCAGGAAUGAAACAUUUUUCUGGUAGGCUGUAUUUGUAAUUGGAGGUUUUUUGUGUGCAUAUAAUCAGUUUUAAUGCAUCAAAAUCAGGGAGGAUGAAAUGAGGAUAAAUAAAAUCUAUCACUUAAUGCCUGUCAGCCAUUUUGAGUCUUCAGAAAGGUUACAUAUAAACCAUUUGGUUAAUUUUCUGAGCAUUUGUCUCCAUGUGUGCCACUGUGAUGUAGUUUAUAGAAGAGGGGGAAAUGCUAUAUGUAUAUAUAUAUAUAUAUAUAUAUAUAUAUAUAUAUAUAUAUGAGAGAUCAAACACUACGAAGUGUAGCUUUUAUUUUAACAGCUUGUGCUACCUUUGUCUAAUCGAUUGCUAAAAGGAAAAGCAUGGGUUCACUUGUUUCUUGCUUUUACUUUUGCAAAUGAUUUGAACAUUGCAAAUCAUGUCAGAGCAAUUAUUAGAUAUAUUUUCCCUUAAGAUCUCAACAUAUCUGAAAGAGGCUGUGAGAAAGUUGCUUUCAACAAGCAGAAGCUUUUACUUUUUAUGCCCAACAUAAUUUCAGGUAUCUAAGUAGGCUUUUCCUUUCAACAAAAAAAAAGAACAAAUAACUUCCUCUAAGUUUGCUAGAAGUUGUUUUGCUAGACUUUUUUUUAUUGAAAACCAGCCCACUGUAACGCUACAGGAAGACCAGUAUCAAUGGCUUCAUUAAUGAUUAACACAACAUACUUUAGACAAUCAGCCUGUUGCUGUUUCACCACACACAACUGGAAAAAGUUUUGACUACAUGUGAACAUUACAUCAUUUUUUAAAAAAAUUAAAUGGAGGGGGACCUCUAGACCAUAACCCUAAUCUUGUACAUUUUUGCUGUUCUCAUAUUAACUUGCAACUUUAAUUCACCGUUUUUAUCCCAAAAAAAAAAGAUGAUGAAGAAAAUAAUCCAUUGUUAAUCACUGUAUGUAUCACCUGAUUGAGUAUAUGUUAUUAGAAAACUGUAAAGUUGCCUCACUGCGUUUUUCUCUCCCAUUAAACCUCACACAUAGAGAUGGGUUACAUGUGAGCGUAGGAAACUUUAAAGCAAAUGCUUGUUUUCUGUUCAAGACACGUUUCCUGGGGCGUUUCUAUGACAAUGCUCCACACGUAUGUAGCAGCUAUGAGGCCAUUAGAUCCGUCACAAACAAAGCCCUGUCUUUUUCUUUUUAAGCGGUACACGGUCUCUCCGUCUGUCCACGAUAAUUAUACCCGUCUCACUGUGUUCCGUUUUCAUUUCCUGGUUCUCAUUGUGACUCUUUGUGAGCAGGCCAUCAGAGCGCCAUGCUGGGGAGGCUUCCUCAGUCAAACGCACUACCUCUCAAGCACCAGGCUGCAGCAGAGCGAGCCGAUUUGAAGAAAACAAACCUGGACUGGAAGUUUUAUCGGAUCUUUAUCCCAAAGUGAAGUGUUAAUUUUGUGGCUAGAUUCUGAUUCAACUGCACUGUAGGCUAGCUUUUUUUUUUUUCUUUUUUUAAACAUGUCCUGAAGCUGCGUCAGUACACUGCAGUGUUUGAUAGAUACACUAAGAUGUUCUGGUGCCAAAAAUCCAGAGUUUCCACGUUGACUUCACUGAUUUAAAGUAGCUGCUCUUGUGUUAUGAAAAAAGGAAUUAAAAUACAUGGAGUGUUGUUCAGAUGGCCUCUUUAAGUGCUAGUUUUUCAUUGUUAUUGAUAAUCACUUGAUCUCUGUUUACGUUUGUAACGUGGAAAUGGUUCCAAAUUGGAUUCUUCUUUUUUAUAUAUAAAUAUAUAUAUAUACGUAUAUGAAUAUAAGGCUGUCAUGAAUGAAGAAAUUUCUCUUUCACAUCAAUACAGAAAAAGAAUAAAACCACAGUGAAAUGGCA